AUGGUCCGCGCCCUCAAUCUCCGCCUCGCCCUUCAGGCAACAGCUAUCAAGGUCUCGGCAAACCUGGUCACCCAGCUCAUCAUUCACUACAGGACACCAGGCGUAUCGACUUUUGAUGCCCAGCAGGUACUGGAGUUUGCUAUCUAUGGAUUCAUAGGCUCUCAGGUCGGCAACAUCAUCCAAUUCAUCCUGGAGGACUGCUUCCCCACUGGCCACGCAAUCAGGGCGAACGAGAUCCUGCCGCAGGUUCAGGCGGAUGUGAAGCAGGUUGAGGAGAAGAAGGACGAUGAUACGAGAGGAACGACGAGGAGAUGGUUCAAUAUCAGCCCGGAUCUCAUUUGGCGCAACGUUUUGGCGAAGCUGAUUCUUGAUCAAACAAUUGGUCUUGCCAUCAGCGGGUCCGUCUUUCUCAUCUGCACAAACAUCGCACGUGUUUCUCACCCCUUCCUCGUUCUGGAAGUCAUCCGUAAUCGACUUUGGCCACUCAUCAAAGCUGGCUGGCAUAUCUGGCCAUUAGUUGCCAUCUGCAAUUUCCUAUGGGUUCCAGUGCGCUCUCGGGUUUUGGUGGCAGUUUGUGUUGGGUUCGGCUGGAGUAUCUUUUUGAGCGUCUUUGCCAUGCGGAAAGGGAAUUGA